GUUGAAAGUCAAAGAAGUGGGGACAGAGACGUGGAGAGACAGAGAGAGAGAAGUGGAGUGCGACGCAGAGAGACAGAGACGUGGAGAGACGCAGAGAGACGUGGAGAGAGACUAAGCAAGACACUGAGCAGGACAGGACGUGAGAACAAAGACAAGCCACCCCUGGAGCCCCGGCUCUGCCUUCAUGCCCGGCAGGUGCCACACCUGGCCCGUCCUCCCAGGUGAGCCUCAGCCAGUGCUGCAGGCAGUCUGACUUACAGUCCCCCAAGUGACUCCUGAGGAGCGUCCACAGACAGGACGAUGGCCCAAGUCCUGCACGUGCCAGCCCCCUUCCCAGGGACCCCCGGCCCAGCCUCCCCGCCCGCCUUCCCAGCCAAGGAGCCCGACCCGCCCUACUCCGUGGAGACUCCCUACGGCUACCGCCUCGACCUGGACUUCCUCAAGUACGUGGAUGACAUCGAGAAGGGCCACACGCUGCGACGUGUGGCCGUGCAGCGCCGCCCACGUCUGGGCUCGCUGCCCCGCGGCCCUGGCUCCUGGUGGACAUCCACCGAGUCGCUGUGCUCCAACGCCAGCGGGGACAGCCGCCACUCAGCCUACUCCUACUGUGGCCGUGGCUUCUACCCGCAGUACGGCGCCCUGGAGGCCCGCGGGGGCUUCAACCCGCGCGUCGAACGCACGUUGCUCGAUGCCCGGCGCCGCCUCGAGGACCAGGCAGCCGCGCCCACUGGCCUGGGCUCCCUGACUCCCAGUGCGGCCGGCUCCACCAGCUCCUUGGUGGGUGUGGGGCUGCCACCGCCAACUCCACGCAGCUCGGGACUGUCCACGCCAGUGCCACCCAGCGCCGGGCACCUGGCCCAUGUGCGGGAGCAGAUGGCAGGUGCCCUGCGCAAGCUGAGGCAGCUGGAAGAGCAGGUAAAGCUGAUCCCCGUGCUCCAGGUAAAGCUGUCAGUGCUGCAGGAGGAAAAGCGACAGCUCACUGUGCAGCUCAAAAGCCAGAAGUUCCUGGGCCACCCUGCAGGGGCCCGGGGCCGCAGCGAGCUCUGUCUGGACCUCCCUGACCCCCCUGAGGACCCAGUGGCACUGGAGACCCGAAGCGUGGGCACCUGGGUCCGAGAGCGGGACUUGGGCAUGCCUGAUGGGGAAGCAGCCCUUGCCGCCAAGGUCGCUGUGCUGGAGACCCAGCUCAAAAAAGCACUACAGGAGCUGCAGGCAGCUCAGGCCCGGCAGGUUGACCCCCAGCCACAGGCCUGGCCACCGCCAGACAGCCCAGUCCGCGUGGACACUGUCCGGGUAGUGGAGGGGCCACGGGAGGUGGAGGUGGCGGCCAGCACAGCCGCUGGGGCCCCAGCACAGCGUGCCCAGAGUCUGGAGCCCUAUGGAGCGGGUCUGAGGGCCCUGGCAACAUCCGGCAGGGCAGAGAGCCCCGCUGUGUUCCGCAGCCAUGAGGUGGUGGAGACAAUGUGCCCUGUGCCCACGGCGACCACCGGUAACAUCCACGUGGUGAAGAAGAUCAGCAUCACAGACCGAAGCUGCGAUGUGCUGGCAGCAGGUCCCCCACAGGCCCCUGCAGAGUCGUCCUCAUCACCCCCAGGGUCCACAGUGGCCUCGCUGGUGCAGCCUGAGAAGAACGCAGGCCAGGUGCCCGCCCAUGAUGCCACCAACAGGGGCCCCACCAGGCAAGCACCCUCGCACAAAUCGGAGGAGGCUGGGGGUGCAGGCGGUCCCCAGGCAGGCGUGCGGUCCAUCAUGAAGCGGAAAGAGGAGCCUACAGACCCGGCGGCCCACCGGAGAAGCCUCCAGUUCGUGGGGGUCAAUGGCGGGUAUGAGUCCUCUGAAGACUCGAGCACGGCAGAGAACUUCUCAGACAAUGACAGCACAGAGAACGAGGCCCCGGAGACAGAGGAGAGGGUUUCGAGUGUGGCCAAAGCCCCCAAGCUCAGGCCCACGGGGCCAGCCGUGGCCAAGACCAGCCAGCAGGAAUGCCAGCUGUCUAGGGAGUCUCAGCACAUGCCCACGGCUGAGGGGGCAUCAGGAUCAAACACGGAGGAGGAGAUCCGGAUGGAGCUGAGCCCUGACCUCAUCUCAGCCUGCUUGGCCCUGGAAAAGUACCUGGACAACCCCAACGCCCUCACCGAGCGGGAGCUGAAAGUGGCCUACACCACAGUGCUGCAGGAGUGGCUGCGCCUGGCCUGCCUCAGCGAUGCACACCCCGAGCUUGUGCGGCGCCACCUGGUCACGUUCCGAGCCAUGUCCGCGCGGCUGCUGGAAUAUGUGGUCAACAUCGCCGACAGCAAUGGCAACACGGCGCUGCACUACUCUGUGUCUCACGCCAACUUCCCCGUGGUGCAGCAGCUGCUCGACAGCGGCGUCUGCCAGGUGGAUAAGCAGAACCGCGCCGGCUACAGCCCCAUUAUGCUCACGGCUCUGGCCACCUUGAAGACUCAGGAUGACAUCGAGACUGUUCUGCAGCUCUUCCGGCUCGGAGACGUCAAUGCCAAAGCCAGCCAGGCAGGGCAGACAGCCCUGAUGCUGGCGGUCAGCCACGGGCGGGUGGACGUGGUCAAAGCCCUGCUGGCCUGCGAGGCGGAUGUCAACGUGCAAGAUGAUGAUGGUUCCACGGCGCUCAUGUGCGCCUGCGAGCACGGCCACAAGGAGAUCGCUGGGCUGCUCCUGGCCAUGCCCAGCUGCGACAUCUCGCUCACUGACCGCGACGGGAGCACAGCACUGAUGGUGGCCUUGGAUGCGGGGCAGAGUGAGAUCGCGUCCAUGCUGUACUCCCGCAUGAACAUCAAGUGCUCGUUUGCCCCGAUGUCAGAUGACGAGAGUCCUGCGUCGUCCUCUGCAGAAGAGUAGUCGUGAAGGGAGGCCAGAGGCGCCUCCCCGCGGGGGCCUGCCAGCCCCAGAGCGAACCAUCCCUUGUCUCCUCCCUGGCCCCUCUCCUCUCUGGCCACCCCCCAUCUCAGUCUCCAAACCCCAAGUCUCAAAGACACGUGGGUUUUCCUUCUGCUUCCCCGGGGGAGCCCCGACAGCGACAGGACUCCAGCUGGAGGUGGCUUUUCCCGGCGCCCCAGUUCAAAGCAGCCGCAGCACAGACCAAAGCGAAAUUCUUGUAUAAAUUGGCGCCAGUGGCUGAUGCUGGGCUGUGGGUUUUAUGAAAAACAUUGAGAACAAUCAGCCGGCAAGCUUGGAUGGAGAAAGGCGAGAGGAAAAAAUACUGUAUUCUUGAAACAUUGUUGCAGGAGGGGGAAUCAUAUUAUUUGUUGCUACAUUUGAAAGUCACUGGAACCGUAUACCAUCUUUGCAUUGUAAUCCCGAAUCUUAUUACGCACGGGUCGUGUCUCAAGCAUUGCCCCCCACCCUUUCAGCCCCCACAUUUAAUUGUCCGGUAUAUAAUAGUGUUUUGUUCACUCCACCCCAGACGGCUCUCGGGGGAAUUUUCUGGUUGCCUCACAAAACUGAUCUGUCCCUGUCACCAGGAGCAAAAGCUCAGUCCUUUCUUCUGCCUUCUUGCUGCCAAUGCCGGUGUCACCCCCAUUCAAGUGGGGGGCCCAGGACCCUGCAGCUGAGACACAUCGGUAGGCUCUGUGACCUGUCUGUAACCGAGUUUCACAAUGAGAUAUUACCCAGAAAUCCACUCCCUCCCCGCACAGAGGCCCUGGCAAAUGUUAAUUUUCCUAGAAGAUCCUUCAGACUUGGAGACACAGGAAAAAGAAUCCAAUUCUCAGAGUGGAUGCUGUGUCCCCGAGCCCAGAACUGUGGUAGCAGGGCCAUCCUUUUUGUCCCCAGGACUCCAGAAUUUCUCUGCUCAAAGGAAAGGAAACAGGGCAUGGGUUUGUUGGCAACACACAGGGCGAGCUCUGAAAACCCCAUGUGGACCUGAUUAGAAGUUGGCUGCCCCCGGUGGACUCCCAGCGCGAACUUAAAGAGACAGGCCUUUGCCGAAACCAAACAAGGGCCUGCUGGUUUUUAACAACCUAGAGACUUUCCGGAACUGCCUGGAACAGAGCCUGCUGGAAAUGGGGAACGCCAGAGAUACUCCCAGUUUCCUUUAUGGCCUGUUUUGUCCCCAAAAUCUCAACCUAGUUUUCUUUCCUGUUCCUUUCCUCGGUGGACAAAAAAAAAAAAAAAAAAAAAUAGAAGGGUUCCAAGCCUCUACAUGUGCCUUAGGAUAGGGAAGCCAGUUCCCUACCAAAUAUGUGAUCUGCCCUUUCGUGUCCAGGACUCAGCUCAGCCUACAGGGCUUUUUGGAAGCCAAACCUCAGCAGGACAGAGUAAGCCCAAGGAGCUCACAUGUUCAUUAAAUAAAGCAAAGUGCUGGCUUCUCUCCUAGAAAAGUAGAUUUCUUGGCUUGAUAGAGUCCAGCUUGCUUUGAUUUUGAUGGAAGGGAUGGACCCAAGACAAGAGUUUUAAUGGCCAAACAAGACAAUCAUGAGGGAUGGAUGGAUGGAUGGAUGGACGGCUUGUGUGUAAAUGGGAAAGAAAACCAAAGCUGGUUGGGGACAACCCCUGCCGUCUGUUUUGGGCAGCUUUGAGAAGCGGUACAGGCACUGUGUGCCCGUGUGUCCAACCCCAGAGCCAGCAAGCGCGUUUCUUUUAAGCUUCUAGAAGCUACUCCUUGGCUCAGGAGUGCGUGACCCCUCAGAUAAGUCCACGUUUAUCUCUGCUGUUCCUUCUCUCUCCAUACCCAGUGGGCUACAGCGAUCCUGCCUUUUGUCCCUUUCUCUUCCCACAUAUAUUCAUGAGCUUUAAUUUCACUUUCUGACCACGGUACGUCCAUAAAGACAGUAUUACACUUAAA